UCUUAUUAGUUCGUUACAUCAGACGUGGAAAGUCUGGCUCUUUUAGGGCGGUUGAUUUCAAAAUGAUUUUCACCGAUUCGUUGGACUCGGACGAGUCGCUUUACGAUGUCAGUCAAACCUGCGAUGUCGCUAACGAUUUGGAAGAAAGGUAUAGCGGCCUGGAUCGCGGUACGUUGCAUCAGACUCUGCCAGAAUCACUUUGGGCCAGACAUGAACGUCGAUCACCAGCUCAGCAGUACAAACCUUCAAGGGACUUUCAGAGAUACAAACCAUCUUUAAAGAAUCUGAUGCCCAUUAGGAAGAAUAACAAAACUAAGGAGCAGAUGCCACUGGACAAAGUUGGAUUCUUCUCCUACAUAACGUUUAGUUGGGUCAGUCGUUACAUGAAACAAGCUUACAGAUACGGAUUGCAACCGGAAGACGUUCCCUUAUGUUCGACUCAGGACGGAUGCGAACAUUGUGCCCAAAGGCUUGAAUUCAUGUGGAAUGAAGAAAUUUUACGUGAAGGCAUUAAAGGCGCUUCUUUGCAACGAGUUGCUUGGAGGUUUACACGGACCCGUGUGUUAACGGGUAUCUUUUUGUAUUUUCUAUCGCUAGUCUUCGGAUUCUUGGGGCCUGUCUAUCUGAUGGCCCAACUUUUAAGAUUUUGCCAAGACGAAGAAGCGCCUUGGUGGCACGGCGCAUUGUGGGCUUCCGGAAUAGCCAUAUGCGAGAUGAUACGUGUCCUACUUUUUGGAGCGUCGUGGGGAAUAUCUUACAGAACGGGCAUCCGGCUCAAAUCAGCCGUCACGACGAUGCUCUUUAAAAAAGUCAUGCGUCUUUCUAGCCUUGGAGAUAAAUCAAUCGGCGAGGUCAUUAAUUUAUUCGCCAAUGACAGCCAACGCAUUUACGAUGUGUGUAGCCUUGGUCCGUUGCUAUUUGGUGGUCCGUUCGUCGCCGUUAUCGCUACGCUUUACGUUGUUUAUCUGUUAGGCCCUCACGCAAUGAUUGGAAUGCUGGUGUUUCUCCUUUAUUAUCCAGUUCAGUACGGUGUUUCCUUCCUAACUGGAUACUGCCGUCGCAAGACAAUUACCAUUACCGAUCAGAGAGUUACAUUGAUGAAAGAAUUGCUCACCUGCGUCAAGUUAAUUAAGAUGUACGCGUGGGAAAAGCCAUUUUCCAAAACAAUUACAGAUAUACGUAAAAGGGAACGCUUCCUGUUGGAAAUGACGGCCUACGUUCAGUCAAUCAGCGUUGCACUCACGCCAGUUGUUCCCGUUCUGGCCGCUAUCGUGACUUUCCUCGUCCACACUUCUUUGGGAUACGAUCUGUCACCCGCUGAGGCAUUCGCUGUUAUCGCAGUUAUGAUUGCUCGCGUGCGGCCCUCACUGAACGGAGCUCGUGAAGCUUUAAAGACCUGGGAUGAAGCCAGUGUUGUGUGGCCUCGCAUUGAGAAAGUUCUUGGGUUGGAAGAAAUGAAACCGAGUGCUCAAAAGCCAUUGGAUCGUAGCGUAGCCGUUGCAGUUUCAGAAGCGACCUUUGCCUGGCAUUAUUCGCCACCGUCUAAAGAUAAGAAGCAAAAACGGAAACGCAAGGACAAGAAUGCCAAAGAUGAAUCGAAUAUCCAGGAGCUUCCGCUUUUGUUUCAAGUGGCGUAUCUUACCAAUAUCGAUCUAAUCGUUCCCAAAGGCCAUUUGGUCGCUGUUUGCGGGGCGGUAGGAGCGGGCAAGUCUUCCUUGCUCUCCGCCAUUCUUGGUCACAUGAAAAUCGAGAGGGGAAGAGUAUCCAUCGAUGGAUCGUUCGCCUAUGUCUCGCAACAGGCGUGGAUCAUGAACAGCAGUCUGCGAGAUAACAUUCUCUUUGGAGAAACAUUUGACCCGAAGAGGUAUUAUGACGUCAUCUCAGCGUGUGCCCUUAGUCAAGAUUUGGACGCUUUGCCCGCUGGAGAUGAAACAGAAAUAGGUGAAAGAGGGAUCAAUCUUUCCGGUGGGCAAAGACAGCGAGUCGCCAUGGCUAGAGCACUUUACGCCGACAGGGAUAUUUACCUCCUUGACGAUCCAUUGAGUGCGGUAGACGGGCACGUUGGCCAGCAUAUAUUCGAAAAAUAUAUUCGCGGAGCGUUGAAAGGAAAAACUAUAGUGUUUGUGACUCAUCAGCUUCAAUAUUUGAGUCAAUGUGACGAGGUUGUCUUUAUGGACGAAGGCAGAAUCUUAGAUCAGGGAAGGCACGUCGAUCUAAUGAACCGUAACGGACGCUACACGACGCUCAUUCACACGUUUUUAAGUCAAAAGGACGAGGAUAAUGUCAAAGAAGAGGAACAAGCAGAUCCCCAUUCAGUGAAUGGAAGAUCCAAACCUUCGUCUCCGAUACAAUCAAGUCCAGCAACGUCGAUUCCUUCUUCGUUGGCCAUUGAAUCCCUUGCAUCUAACAAAACAACAAAUUUAGCUUUUCAGCAACAAAUUCCUGUCGCCAUGAACGGUCGUCUAACUGAAGCCGAGAAAAUGGAAAAGGGCUCCAUACCUUGGAGCACGUACGACAUCUACAUUCAAUCCGCUGGCGGGUACAUCCUUUCUCUUCUCGUCUUUUUCACAUUCGUCCUCAACAUCUUCAGCACUGCUCUUAGUUCAUGGUGGCUUGCACAUUGGUUCAACGUCGGAUCAGCGAAUACGACGAGGACCAUAGGCAAUGAAACGGAAUAUUACAUGAGUGUUACCGCUCAUCCGGAUGUUCAGUUCUAUCAAACUAUUUACGGUGCAUUUAUCUUGGUUAUCUUGCUCACCAGUCUCUUGCGGAGUUUCUCUUUCAUGAAGACAAGUCUUAAGGCAUCCAGCGCUCUUCACGACAAGCUCUUCGUCAAAAUCUUUGCCUGCCCGAUGCGUUUUUUCGAUUCGACGCCAGUCGGACGGAUCAUUAAUAUUUUCUCACGCGAUCUAGACGAAACCGACAGCCGCAUUCCAUCGUCCACUGAUACGCUUAUUCAAUACAUUUUGGUCGUCAUCAUGUCCAUCUUUUUCGUCGUGUUGGCCGUCCCUUGGUUCCUAGUCGCUCUGGUCGUGUUGUCUUUUAUUUUCUCCCUGUACAGCCGUGUGUUCCGGCGCGGGUUGCGUGAUCUGACGCGACUGGAACACGUUUCACGCUCUCCUAUCUAUAGCCAUGUGGAUGCCACCAUCAACGGUUUGAGCACCGUUCACGCGUUCGGGAAACAACGCCAUUUCAUUUCCAAGUAUAUGAUACUGCAAGACGAGAAUGCAUCGGCUUAUUUUCUUUUGAAUUGCAGUCAUCGAUGGCUAUCGGUUCGCCUUGAUUUCAUUACAGUGUGCGGAAUGGCAGUGACGGCUGGAUUGAUCGUUGCUCUACGUGGAACGAUUCCCGCAGCGUCUGCAGGUUUAGCUUUAGCGUAUGCCAGUCAACUAUCGGGAAUUAUGCAGUACGUCGUCCGUUUGGCUUGCGAAACCGAAUCACGCUUCACAUCUGUCCAGCGAAUGCACACUUACCUUAUAACGUUGGAAAGCGAAGAUCCCGCAAUCGUUAAGGAUCAACGCCCACCAUUAGAUUGGCCCACGAAAGGAUCAAUUCAAUUUUCAAACGUGAAAAUGCGUUAUCGGCAUAAUUUGCCAUUGGUCUUGGACGGCGUUUCGUUCGAUAUCGAACCCCAAGCAAAAAUUGGUAUUGUCGGGAGGACGGGUUCGGGGAAAUCAUCGCUGGGAGUCGCAUUAUUUAGAUUAGUGGACCUGUCAUCGGGAGUUAUCAAAAUCGAUGGCAUUAACAUUUCAGAAAUGGGAUUGGAAGAUUUGCGAUCAAAGUUGUCCAUCAUCCCUCAAGACCCAGUGCUAUUCAUCGGUACCAUAAGGUACAAUUUAGAUCCGUUUCAAAAGUACUCUGAUGACGCCAUUUGGGAAGCAGUCGAGCGUACCAAUAUGAAAGAAAAAGUCAAAGCGCUACCCGGCCAACUGGAUAGCCCAGUCAUCGAGAACGGUGAAAACUUUUCUGUGGGUGAGAGACAGCUGCUUUGCAUGGCUCGAGCUCUUUUGCGUCACAGUAAGAUUCUCUUAUUGGAUGAGGCUACGGCGGCCAUCGAUACGCAGACGGAUGCGUUGGUGCAAAGGACGUUGCGAGAAGCUUUCAAAGAUUGUACCAUUCUGACAAUUGCACAUCGCCUUAACACAGUGCUCCAGUGUGACAAAAUUCUUGUGCUUCAUGAUGGCAAAGUGAUGGAGUAUGACAAACCGUCGAUACUUAUGACCAAAAGCGAUUCUAUUUUUGCUGGAAUGAUGUCCGUUGCUGAAGUCUCCGACGAUUGCCUGUUAGAGCUUUAGGCGAAUGAAUUAUUAUUAGUUUUCCAUGUACACACUCGCUAUUAAACAAAUUGCAUUUGACUAAUACCAAUCGUACUGGCUGGCACAAGAUAAAAUGAGCUGAAAACCCUA